UCUACCUCUGGCACUCACACUCUCUCUAUUACUCUCUCUCUCAGUCAAACAGAGGAUUCUCCAUAGCCAGCUGUAGCUUAAUGUGAUCCUCACUUCUGUGAUUGUUUCACUGAUGCUUUCUUUUUCCCCCCCUUUUUUUUCUCUCGCUCUCUCUUCCGAUUUAAUUUCUGCCGAUGCUGACAUCCUGUACUUGGAUGCUGCUAAGGUGCACAAAGAGUGGAGGGAAUAGGAGAGAACUUUUAAGGCUGCUAUCAGCGCACCAUUCUCUUGAAUCAAGACACGUUAGAUUGGUUGGUUUGCUGUCGAGAGACGAGUCAACAGUGGAGGGGUUUUUCUUGUAGUUGAUGACUCAUUUAGGUCAUUUUCCUCCUUCAGGACUCCCGGAUUUAAAUUUCUUUUCCUUUGCUCCACCUGUGGGUUUCCCUUCUAACACACUCUGUGGGGACUUUUAUGAAGUGUGAAAUUUGUCCAGCAAGUGUGAAGUUUGACAGAGCAUGGCCGGUAGAACCACAGCUGAGUGUUGAACCUCUUCUGUCCAGUAAAGCAGCCCAGACAUGACAACAGUGUCCAUGGAGCCUGUGGGAGUCCUGGUGGAAAAGGGGGGCAAUGCAACCGACUCUCCUCUGAACUCACUCGAAGAUACAGCCGCCACCUUUACCAUUGGAACCAUCCUCUCCAUCAUGUGUCUCAUUGGAGUCUCCGGGAACAUCUACACCCUGGUGGUGAUGUGCCACUCCAUGAGGUCUGCAGCCUCCAUGUACAUCUACAUCAUAAACUUAGCUUUAGCAGAUCUGCUGUAUCUUCUCACCAUCCCCUUCGUAGUCUGCACACACUUCCUGAAGGGAUGGUACUUUGGAAAUGCAGGGUGUUGGACUCUGAUAAGCAUGGACUUCCUCACCAUGCACGCAAGCAUCUUUACUCUGACAAUCAUGAGUACAGAGCGCUACUUUGCAGUGCUCAAGCCACUCGACACAGUGAAACGAUCGAAAAGUUAUCGCAAAGCUAUCGCCCUACUUGUCUGGGUAGCUUCUCUAAUCCUCACCCUACCGAUGAUCGUGAGAAUUCAACUGGUGGCAGUGGGCACCAAGUCUAUGUGUCAGACCACUUUGUCACCGCUCUCCUACAAGAUUUACCUCUCCUUCCUGUUUUGCACUAGCAUUGUUGCUCCAGGACUGAUUAUUGGCUAUCUUUACAUCCAGCUUGCACGCACUUAUUGGAUUUCACAGACGGAGACGUUCAAGCAGACCAAAAAAUUACCAAAUCAAAAGGUGCUGUACUUGAUCUUUACAAUCGUGCUCCUAUUCUGGGCAUGCUUCCUGCCCUUCUGGAUCUGGCAACUGCUGGGCGAGUUUCACCCCUCGUUGCCUCUCUCCACCAAAGUCAAACGUAACAUCAACUACCUGACCACAUGCCUGACGUACUCCAACAGCUGCAUCAACCCGUUCCUCUACACAUUGCUCACCAAGAACUACAAGGAGUAUCUGAGGAAGAACAAGCGCUUGUGGACAACUGGCAACUACUUCAACAGGAGGAGCCGUUUUCAACGUUCACCGCGUAGAUCGCCAUCUGCCAGCAGUCAGCAGUGCACUGAGAGCUUCAUGCUCACGCACACGGCAUCGCUACGAGCUCAUAACAGCAGUUUGUGAGAUAUGACUGAGAGCUGUGAGGGGACACAAAAAGAAGAAGCAGUUGGAGACACAGAUGGGAGCAGAGCCCGAACUCCACUUCACUCCAUUCGACCACAAGUGAGACUGAGGACAGAGAAGAUGUCUUGAGUAUUUUGUUUAACAUUUAACAUGUGCGGACACAAUUAUGUUAAAUGAACACCUGGAGGAACCAGUGCUGUUGGACACAAUGUACAAAACAGAACCCCCUCUCCUCACCACCCUCACAUGUAUAUUCAUCACUCGCAGAACUUCCUGUGGCACAGAGAGAGACCAGCGUCUUAAAAACACAGCUCGUCAUAUUUUUUCGGGUAUUCUCCCAUGCUUGCUUUCUGUGCUUGCGCUGGGUCAGCCUGCAUGCUGGCCCAGGGCAAGCUGUUAUUUCCUCGUGACUGAGAGGUGUACAGUACAUGCUGCUGAUGCACAAGUGGGAGGAAAAACAGGAAUCGAGGGUUUGAUUUUGAAUAACACAAAAAAACCCAAAACAAAAAACAAAUGUAAAAACAAUGUACUUAACGUUGGUCAAGUGGCAAAAUAUUACACAAUGUCUUUAGCUGGUCCUCGCGACCUCUUCUUGGAAGGCACUGUAAAUGUUUUGUUCUUCAAAACAGCAGGUAGAAAAAGAUACCUACUACAAAUGAAGACAAAUUGUAAAUGCUAAAACAUGAAUGCUGUUAUGAACUUCUAAACUCCCACCCUCUGGAUUUCCUGUUUUAUAAAGAGCGCUACUCCAAAAUGAAUGGAGCCCUAAGGAGCUGUAAUCCAAAUAUGUACAUUGUGUGGUGAUUUUCGACCACCACCGUAUAGAGCUGCUUUCCUUUACUGAUGUGCUCAUCUGCUCUGGUUUGGAAGCUUGUUUCCACCACUGAAAAUGUUUUUUUAGCCAUCCAUAACUCAAAAAUUUGUGUUAUGUAUCUCAAAAUUUUGAGUUAAUCAACUAAAAUGUUUAAGAAAAUAACUUUGCCAAUCAGGAAGCGCUGUGAUGGUGCAUCAUUUCAAUGUUAUCCAGAAGCAGAACAUGGAAUGCAUUAGCUACCAGUGCUAUAGCUAAGCCAGCAAUGCUACAGCUAAGCUAGCAGUGCUCGGCUGAGUUACCAGCGCUACAGCUGCUUGUCAUAAAUGUUCAAAGUGAGGAGCAUCGGUUUAGCUUAGUGGGAUGAGCAGGUGACCAUAUGCUAUAUGGCCGGAGAGCAGUAGGCCCUGGUUUGAUUCUAACCCGCGGGCCUUUGCUGCAUGUCUUCCCCUCUCUCUCCCUGGUUUCCUGUCUCUUUACACUGUUACUAUUGAAUAAAGGCUAAAAUGGAUCAGUAAAAUAAAUAAAUGUUCAAACUGCUGAGUACUCUCAGCAUGGCUUUACAAAUGAUGAAAUGAGUUAUUAGCUGACUCACAUGGCAUUAGCAUAAAAGUAGCUUGUUCAUGUUUACUACACUUCGGUAGUGCAUUGAUGAUAUCGCUACCUGAUUUUCAGUACGCAUUUGUCUAUGCCAUCUGCUUCUGGGUAAGCAGCUUCCUGAUUUGCAGAGUUAAGUCAAAAUUCUAAAAAAAAUAAUUCAAAAUUUCAAGUUAUGCUUGUCCUCUCUUCUCCUCUGUUAAAUCUCUAACCAACCAAUAACGUCAAUUAGCAUAAUACUGGCAUUUCUUAGAAAAACAGCUUUCAUGUAAGUAAAACUAAUGGGUAUUUGUAGUGUUUUAUUUCAGUGCAGACACAUUAUUGUUUGUGUAUUUGUGAAAAUAAAAAUAAAAUAUGUGCUUUUGUUGUCUAGAAGCAGGUGUAAAUAACUAUUUUAGCCAUUUAGCUUCAUCCAGUCUUGUUGAGGCUUUCUUAUGAGCAACCCUGCUGCACCCUCUGGUUGCAUUACGGCCAGUUUCUGUACAAAUGGAUGGGAAAUUGAAUGGCUCUUGUAGAUUGGCUCCUAGGUGCACU